AUGCAGGCCGCCGCCCUCCGCUCCGCCGUCCAGCAGUCGCGCCGUUCCGCCUUCGCGCGUUCAGCCAGGUUCGCGUCAACCUCUGCCAAGGCCCCCACUCUCAAGGAGCGUAUUGCGGAGCUCAUCCCCGUCCAGCUCGAGAACGUCAAGGCUGCUCGUGCCGAGCAUGGCAAAAAGUCGUUUGGCCCCGUCAUCGUAGACCAGCUCUACGGUGGUAUGCGUGGUCUCCCGGCCCUCAUCUGGGAAGGUUCCGUCCUCGAUGCUGACGAGGGUAUCCGCUUCCGUGGCAAGUCGAUCCCCGAGUGCCAGGAGCUUCUUCCCAAGGCCCCCGGCGGGUCUGAGCCUCUCCCUGAGGCACUUUUCUGGUUGCUCCUCACCGGCGAGGUCCCCACACAGGAGCAAGUCACCGCCCUCUCCAAAGACUGGGCUGCGCGUGCCUCGCUCCCCUCCUUCGUCGAGGAGAUUCUCGACCGCUGCCCGCCCACCCUUCACCCCAUGUCCCAGUUCUCGCUCGCCGUCACUGCUCUCAACCACGACUCGGCAUUUGCCAAGGCGUACCAGCAGGGCAUCUCCAAGAAGGAGUACUGGCAGCCCACCUUUGAAGACUCCAUGGACCUGAUCGCCAAGCUCCCUGCUAUUGCUGGUCGCAUCUUCCGCAACGUGUACGGUGGUGGCAAGCUCCCGGCUGUCGAGCUUGACAAGGACUAUUCGUACAACCUUGCCAACCUCCUCGGUUUCGCUGACAAGCCCGACUUCGUCGAACUCAUGCGUCUCUACCUCACCAUCCACUCCGACCACGAGGGCGGUAACGUCUCGGCGCACACCGGCAAGCUCGUCGGCUCCGCGCUCUCGGACCCUUUCCUCGCCUUCGGUGCCUCUCUGAACGGUCUUGCUGGCCCCCUCCAUGGUCUCGCCAACCAGGAGGUGCUCCUCUGGCUCCGCAAGAUGCAGUCGAAGAUCGGCGAGGACGCGUCUGACGAGGCUGUCCGGGAGUAUGUCUGGACCACCCUCAAGGGUGGCCAGGUUGUGCCUGGCUACGGCCACGCCGUCCUCCGUAAAACCGACCCACGCUACAUGGCGCAGCGCGAGUUUGCUCUCAAGCACCUGCCUGACAACAAGAUGUUCAAGCUCGUCAGCCAAGUGUACAACAUUGUCCCUGGUGUCCUCCUUGAGGCCGGCAAGGCAAAGAACCCCUGGCCGAACGUCGACGCGCACUCCGGUGUCCUCCUCACCCACUACGGCCUUGACCAGAUGAACUUCUACACUGUGCUCUUCGGUGUCUCGCGUGCCUUUGGUGUUGCGGCGCAGCUCAUCUGGGACCGUGCGCUUGGUGCUCCUCUCGAGCGCCCCAAGUCUUACUCGACCGAGGCGAUCAAUAAGAUGUUCAAGGACAAGUCGGCGUGA